AAAUAACUUAGCUAGAUGGCUGUAACGCUGAAGGCCGCCCUUUGCAUCUUCUUCUACUGCCAGGGGCGGCGCAGCGUACACGGAGCUGCUGCCCCCCGCAGGCACCUGAGGGACACGACAGCAUCCUGCAUACAUGUGACGAUGCAACUUCAGGGGGAAAUCCACACAGAGUUUUGCAUUUGGAAACAGACAGAUAAAGACAGACUGAGUGAAAGUGAACAGUGUGGAGUCGAGCUGCCUGUUGACAUGUCUGCGUUCUACCGACUGCUUCUCCUGUUGUCUGUGGCUGUGGCCUCUGUGGCAGCACGCAGGUCCCAGCGGGCCAGGAGAGGGCUACUCGAGCUGGCGGGCGCCAUCAAAUGCAGCACAGGGAGAUCUGCCCUGGCUUACAUGAUGUACGGAUGCUACUGUGGACUGGGCGGUCAGGGCUGGCCCAGGGACCAGGCGGACUGGUGUUGCCACAAGCAUGAUUGCUGUUAUGGAGAUGCAGAGAGUCUGGGCUGCAGUACCAAAACAGACCAGUAUCAGUGGACGUGUGAGGACAAGACAGCUGAGUGCGAUGAUUUGGAGGACAACUGUGAAAUGCUGCUGUGCAAGUGUGACAGAAACGCUGCCAAAUGCCUGAGAAAAGCACCUUUCAUCCGAAAAUACGCCUUGUGGCCGGAUUUUAUGUGCGGUUACAAACAACCGAUGUGUAGUAUUUAUUGAUACAAUAAACACAUCUGCUGUGAUGACAGACGAAAAAGUCAA